AUGGCGUCAGUCCAGAACGCCAAGGCCCGUCUCUGGUAUAGGAUUCUGUAUCGCAACGCCCUCCGAGCCGUUCAAUUCUCGGCGCCAGCUCGAUACGUCGUCCGCGACCAGCUAAGGGCGGCCUUCCGAGAGAAGGACGGAAAAUUGAACCAUCAGGUAUGCCAGAGGACGAACUGGUUUCUACAAAACGCGGCCCAGGACAGGGGACUUGAGCACAAGAUCCUCAAGAAUCUCAUCAACGUUGCAUGUGAGCGUUACAAGAAGAAACUGUGGAGGGCGAAUUACCAGAAGGAUAAGGAUAGGAAACAUAAGCCCAUGUGA